AACGUUAUCACUUGCCGGUUUUGGUAUACUGUCGAAUGACGAAUUCUCUAUUUGCUAUUUUUCGGAACGGUCUGAAGUCGAUCAAAAAUAAUUACGAAUAAAAUAAAAAGGAACGGUGACCAAAGAAGCGAGUAACUAACUAUCAUAGAGGAGACUAAAAAUUACUCUUGUGCUUUACAUAGAAAUUGACUACGUGACGCAAAUCCAUAAUGUACAAAUGCGGAAUACAUUCUAUUGUACAUGUUACUGCACCGUCUAUUGAAUUCGCAAAAAGUUUAGCUCGUGGUAUUAUAACAAAAGAUCUUGCAGCUUGUGUAAAUUUGAUCCCUAAUGUUACAUCAAUUUAUAAAUGGAAAGGUGAAGUAACAGAAGACUCUGAAAUACUGAUGAUUAUUAAAACACGAACUUCGAGAAUAGAAGAUUUAACUAAUUAUGUUAAGUCUGCUCACCCAUAUGAAGUCUGUGAAGUAAUUUCUACUAAAAUAGAAAAUGGUAAUAUUCCUUACUUGAAAUGGAUAUCAGAAUGUGUACCAGAAACUUCUGAAGAUUUAGUUAUUGAUACUAACAAGACUGAUUUAUCUGAAACCAAAAAAUAAAAUAGUAAAUUAAGUAUUGACUGCAUUAUUUAAUGAGAUCCAUAUACCAUAUUUAAUUAUUGAAUAUAUUUUGAACUAAGCUAAAUUUAUAAUAGUAUUGUAAUUAAAUUAAAAAUGAUUACUUUUUAUCUUUGAGUUUAUAAAACAUUUUAAUAACUGAAAUUAUAUUAAUAGAUUCUUAUUUAUACAUAUUUGUCUAAUCACCUAUAAUCAUAAUGAUAUCGAGUGCAACAUUGUUAUAUCAUGUAAAAUAUUAUCCAAUAACUAUGUUUUUUUUCAAUAUUUAAUACAUUUUAUAUAUUUUUGAUAACCAAUAUUUUUUACAUUAUAAAUUCGUAAAGAAAAAAUAUUUUUAUUACUUUUUGUUAUUAUUGUUUACGUCAGAACGAAAGACAUGUAAUUGAAUUAUACCGUGAUGCUAUUAAUAUUAGGCUUGGUAUGGCAAUAGGCUAAUAAGAACGACAACAUACAGUUUUUUAUUCCCGUUCCUCGUUAUUAUUGUUUACUAUAUCUUUGUAUUAUCAAUGGUUAGCGUUUUUCUUGAUAAUCUUUCUUAUUCAGUGUAUUGUUUUUUUUUUUUGUGUGUAAUUAAUUGUUCAGCCAAACACCUUUAUUAUUGUUUUGGUUUUCAUAUUUGUUCGCAUUAUUGUUAUUGUUUUAUUGUUUAUUAGCUACUUUUGUAGCUUACUUCAUUGUUAAGCCCAGGAUCACGCCGCGUAAGUCGCUCAACAACUCGGGUGGGAGAGUUGUGUGAGAGACUGCUCAGAAUAUCCAAAGAUCAUCAUCGCUCACCUCAGCCUCUAGCAUCACCGGACUUCCGUAGUGGUUAACUUAGUAUAUAAAAAUCAUUUUUCCCAUGUAUUUAUACUUUCUAUGGUCAUUGCACAAAACCGACUUCACCAUAGAGAACCUCCCCUCCCCGAUAAUUAAUCUGUGUAUCAUCCUAACUCCUAUGUAUAAAUUCUAGUUUGUUCCCUACUCUAAACCGUUCUCGAACUAAUGUUGUUGAUGUGUAAUAGGUUGUCUAUCGUGUCCCGUAAGUCGAAUGAAACAUGAAUUGCCUAACCAAAUAUUUUCAGGCGUUUUCUUGAUUUGGUUAAUAUUUAAUUAUUCUUGGUUCAUAAUACUGAAUCCUUCGACAUAAUAUUAUAUAGUUGCGUUUGCGCGUACAAUUAUUUUAAUAAUUUGUGUUUCCGCACUAUAUGAGCUCAUU